GAGGGGCCAACCAUGCAGCUGAAUGAGUCUGGAGUUCAAACGGUGUCACCCGAGUCAUGUCAACAACAAAUACUACAGGACGACUACAAUGGGAACUGCAGCGAAGGUUCCACCACUAACAUGUCACUGCACUGCUGGCUGCAGCUCCUCACCAAGGAAUCUAUCAUGGAAAUUCAAGGAGACAGCUCCAGCGUAGUGGUACGUGUGAUGAUAGCUUGUGUCUACUCUAUCGUCUGCGCUCUGGGGCUGGUGGGGAAUUCACUGGCUCUGUAUCUGUUGCACUCCCGUUACAGGCAGAAGCAGUCGUCCAUCAACUGCUUUGUGAUGGGGCUGGCUAUCACAGAUCUACAGUUUGUUUUGACCUUGCCUUUCUGGGCAGUGGACACAGCCCUGGACUUCCGCUGGCCGUUUGGGCGUGUGAUGUGCAAACUCAUCAGCUCUGUCACCACCAUGAACAUGUAUGCCAGUGUAUUCUUCCUCACAGCUAUGAGCGUGGCACGUUAUUACUCCAUCUCCUCCGCACUGAAGAUACACAGCCGACGGACAGCAGCUGCCAGAGCCAGGUGGACAAGCCUUUGCAUCUGGGCUGUUUCUUUGCUGGCCACUUUGCCUCAUGCCAUCUACUCCACCAGUGCCCAAGUAUCUGAUGAGGAACUUUGCCUGGUGCGCUUCCCAGACUCUGGCAGUUGGGAUCCACAGCUCCUUCUGGGUCUAUAUCAGCUUCAAAAGGUCCUAGUAGGUUUCCUUAUUCCUCUAGUUAUAAUCACCGUCUGCUAUCUGCUGCUGCUUCGCUUCAUCCUAAGCCGGCGCAUUGCAGGUGCAGCGGGCCCAGAGGCAAACCAAAGCCGGCAAAAGCGUCAUUCCAAAGUGACUAAAUCCAUUGUCAUCGUAGUUCUCUCCUUCUUUCUCUGCUGGCUUCCUAAUCAGGCACUGACACUGUGGGGUGUCCUCAUAAAGUUUGACCUUGUGCCCUUCAGCAAAGCUUUCUACAAUGCACAGGCCUACGCUUUCCCUCUGACUGUUUGCUUGGCGCACACCAACAGCUGCCUCAACCCUGUGCUCUACUGCCUGAUCCGCCGGGAGUUUCGGGCAGGCCUCAAGGAACUUCUCCUGCACGCCACGCCAUCUUUCAGGAGCCUGACUCAUCUGCUGCGUCGCAAGGCCAAAGUGGCUGAGGCACCACCUGUUUUGGUGUUGGUCCAAAUGGAUGUCUGACUGGGAUGAUUGGGGAACUCGAAACAUUCCACCUCCAGUACUAUUGAUCUGUUUACCAAGAGGGCAUAUUUCUCACCUACGCUUUUGAUGCGGAAAAUUGCAUUUCUUUAAAACAAAAAAACCCAAAAAAAAUGCAGAAUUAUAUGUACUGCACGGUAGGAUGUGCCUCACUUCUACUGUGUUUCUCAAGAUUUCCUCUGCAACACAUAUUUCUGUUGUUACAGUUGUUCAUUGUUUCAGUCUCCCCGCUUCUGUCGAGCAGUACUGCUCUCGUGUCAUGGACAUGUAUAGCUGUUAAUCCAAAGUGAGAUUCAAAUAGUUGCAGCACUCAGGCGUGAUUUUUUUUUUUUAUGCAUACCGGUAAAUUACUGUGUUUGUGUUUGUUUACUGGUGCAAGUGUGUAAUUCUUUCAUGAGUAUAAUCAAUGGAACAAAUGAAAUCAAAACAAUUAAUUUUAAAAAAGCAGGACAGUGAUGCUUAGAAGUUUUUGCUUUAUUUAAAA